CCGCGGAGCCGGGAGCCGGAGCCCGAGCCGCGGCGGCGGCGGCGGGAGGCAGCGAGGGGGCGCCGCGGCGGCGCGGCCUGCGGGGCCUGCGGGAGGGCGGGCGGGCCGGCGGGGCCCGGCCAGGCCGCGAUGGCGACCAAGAAGGCGGGCUCGCGGCUGGAGACGGAGAUCGAGCGCUGCCGCUCCGAGUGCCAGUGGGAGCGGAUCCCCGAGCUCGUCAAGCAGCUGUCGGCCAAGCUCAUCGCCAACGAUGACAUGGCAGAACUUCUCCUCGGGGAGUCGAAGCUGGAGCAGUACCUGAAGGAACACCCCCUGAAGCAGGGGGUCAGUCCCCGAGGCCCCAGGCCCCAGCUGACUGAGGUCCGCAAGCAUCUGACCGCCGCCCUGGACCGAGGGAACCUUAAGUCAGAAUUCCUACAAGAAUCCAAUCUGAUCAUGGCCAAGUUGAAUUAUGUGGAAGGAGAUUAUAAAGAAGCUCUGAACAUUUAUGCCCGGGUGGGCCUCGAUGACUUGCCGCUGACGUCCUCCCCGCCGUACAGGCUGCGCGUGAUUGCAGAAGCCUACGCUACCAAAGGACUUUGUUUAGAGAAGUUGCCUAUUUCAUCUUCUACCAGUAAUCUCCAUGUGGACUGGGAACAGGAUGUCAUCACCUGUUAUGAGAAAGCAGGGGACAUCGCCCUCCUGUACCUCCAAGAGAUAGAAAGGGUAAUACUUACUAAUAUUCAAAACAGAAGCCCUAAACCUGGCCCUGCUCCCCACGAUCAAGAACUAGGUUUUUUCCUAGAAACAGGACUUCAGAGAGCCCAUGUCCUCUAUUUCAAAAAUGGGAACUUGACAAGAGGAGUCGGAAGGUUUAGAGAGCUUCUCAGAGCAGUUGAAACGAGAACAACUCAAAACCUGCGAAUGACAAUAGCCAGGCAGCUGGCAGAGAUCCUGUUGCGGGGUAUGUGUGAGCAGAGCUAUUGGAACCCUCUGGAGGAGCCACCGUGCCAGUCCCCUCUGGACGAUCCUCUCCGGAAAGGAGCGAACACAAAAACCUACACCCUCACUCGGAAAGCCCGCGUCUACUCAGGAGAGAACAUUUUUUGUCCUCAAGAAAAUACUGAAGAAGCCCUGUUGUUAUUGCUGAUUAGUGAAUCGAUGGCCAACCGGGACGCUGUGCUGAGCAGGAUACCUGAGCACAAGAGCGACCGUCUCAUCAGCCUGCAGAGUGCGUCCGUGGUCUACGACUUACUGACCAUCGCUCUCGGGAGGAGAGGCCAGUACGAGAUGCUGUCGGAGUGCUUAGAAAGAGCCAUGAAGUUUGCCUUUGAGGAGUUCCACCUCUGGUACCAGUUUGCUCUGUCACUGAUGGCUGCUGGAAAAUCCGCCCGUGCCGUGAAGGUCCUGAAGGAGUGUAUCCGCCUGAAGCCCGACGACGCCACCAUCCCUCUCCUGGCUGCCAAGCUGUGCAUGGGCUCCCUCCACUGGUUGGAAGAAGCUGAAAAGUUUGCCAAAACUGUCGUUGAUGCGGGAGAAAAAACGUCAGAGUUCAAGGCCAAAGGCUACUUAGCUCUGGGGCUCACGUACAGUCUGCAGGCCACUGAUGCUUCUUUGCGAGGGAUGCAGGAGGUCCUACAGAGAAAGGCGCUUCUUGCAUUUCAGAGGGCCCACAGCCUGUCACCCACAGAUCACCAAGCAGCUUUCUACCUGGCUCUGCAGCUCGCCAUCUCCAGACAGAUACCAGAGGCUCUGGGGUAUGUCCGCCAAGCUCUUCAACUUCAAGGUGAUGAUGUCAACUCCCUGCAUCUCCUCGCGCUCUUGCUGUCAGCACAGAAGCAUUACCAUGACGCUCUGAACAUCAUGGAUAUGGCCCUGAGCGAAUAUCCGGAAAACUUCAUACUGCUGUUUUCCAAAGUGAAGUUGGAGUCACUCUGCCGGGGCCCAGACGAGGCGCUCCUCACUUGUAAGCACAUGCUACAAAUAUGGAAAUCCUGCUACAACCUGACCAAUCCCAGUGAUUCUGGACGUGGGAGCAGCCUCUUAGAUAGAACCAUUGCUGACAGACGACAGCUUAAUACAAUUACUUUGCCAGACUUCAGCGAUCCUGAGACAGUUUUCAGUUCAUGUGCUGCCGGAGGAGACUGGCUAAUUUUGAACAUCCACUGCAGCACUGCCCAGCUAGAAGAGCAACUGGGCUACAGAGAAAAAGAGAAAAGGAAUUUGUCUGAGGUCAGGAUGGUUCCAAAACAAACAGAAGUGACCGUGAGAUCAGACAUGGCCUGGGAGAGCCCAGCCCCGGCAGGUGGCAGCUCAUCGAUGGCACUGGUCCGUCCCAUGCACGAUGCUCCACUACUUUUCCAAAUCCCCUUUAAAGGGCACAGGCGUCCAGCACGAGCAAAGCCACACAGCGCUGGCAUCAGGGAGGGCGCACGGCCAGGGUAACGCUGAGCUUCCACCAUCACAGCCGUGCCAGCUCUGGGGCACAGGGCCCAGAGUCACCCGCUGUGCAGACAGAUUCCUUUGUGCGGCCACAAGUCCUCUUGGAUAGGUUUGGUUUUGUUUUUUCCCCCAGAACUAAAUUUGUUUUCUUUUUCUUUUUAAAAAUUUCUAUUAUGGAAAAUUUUCAAGUAUGCCAGAAUAGAGACACUAGUAUUCCCAUUACCCACCACCAAGCUUCAAUAAUUAAUAUCUUGUUUCUUCUCUCUCUCCUGUCUUGCACUUGGCGUUUGUAGAGUAUUUUAAGGCAAAUCCCUAAAGUUAUAUUUUACCUAUUAAAAUUUUAGGAUAUAUGUCUAACAGAUAAUAGCUUAAAAAAUAUAUAGCCACAAAUACCAUUGUUAUACAUCCUGGGUCAUUAUACAGUACAUUAUACAGCUGGUGUUCUUGAUUUUGGAAGUGGUUGAUUAACUAGAGUAUGGUUUCCCACCUCUGAAAUUGUCCAUAUUGCAGAUCUGUGGAAUAACAUUGGGAGGAACCCAUGUCUACAAGCCCCUCUUAUAGAAUACAGUUGCCCCUCUGCUAUCACCUCUGGCUCUUCUUGCCCCACCUCUGUCAUAUAAAAUGUCCCAGCCAGUGAGAGAGAAGAAUCCAUUGGAGUGGCAGUCUUUACUUUGAAGCUAUGAGUCAUUGUCUUUUCUUUGGAAUAAGUUGGUAGUUCCUUAAAUAGAGGAUGAAAAAAUUUUUUUUCUGCCUUUUGCCUUCAAAACAGGACGUGGGAUAAGGAGAUUUAUCUUUAAUAAUUGGUAUGAUAUUACCAGAUACCUAUCCAAAGCAAAAUCAUUCUUUUAACUCGAAAGUUUGAUCCAUUUUGUUUGGGCAGAUUUCGAAUUGCAGCUGUGACUGCCCGGUUGCCACGUGGUGUCCAUCUGCGAGACACCAAGGCAGCAGUACUAGCUUCCUUCUCAAAGUGCCCAUCCAGGGCACCCAACCAUACCCCACCUUGGAAAGUGGGCUCCAUAGUCACAGUGCUGGGACUGUGACAUAUCGAUGCACCCCAGUACACCUCACCUUGGAAAACCUUAGUUUUCAAGUGAGCUGUAUAUAAGCGCUUCUCAUAAAAGACAAAUCUAUGAAAAGUCAAGUCCUAACCCAUUCCAAAAGGAAAGCAAAUAGUUUCCCCUAGAAUAUUCUGAGUAUUGUAGACUAAAGGUGUGUUACUUUUAGUGGAUCACACUGCCCAGGUAAAUCUUAUUUUUAUUCCAUGGUGUUGUUGCAGACCAAUUAAAUAACCAGUGGAAAAACAAAUUUGUUUUCUUCCAAAAGCACUUGUAUCCUACUGUCAGUAGAGGAAUGAUUGUGUAUUACAUGACCUCAUUUUCUUUGCAGCUUAUGUGAGUAUAUUAAAAGCUAGUUUGGUUUAUUUCUUUGUGUUUCUAAAUUUUUUUU